AUGUCAUCACUGUCGUUGACGCAAGAUGUUUCAACUACCAGUGGACGACUCCGAGGAAACUGCCUGUCAGUCCUUGGAAAGUCUGUUGACGUGUAUCAUGGAGUACGUUUUGCCAAACCGCCUGUUGGAGAUCUGCGCUUCAAGCAUCCCGUUGCUUUCGAGGCGAACAACUCGGGAAUCACAUACGCCCAAGUUCCCGGACCAUCCUGUAUCCAGCCAAAAAUACCAUUCUUUACAGAAAGUUUCAAGCAGAUCCCUGAUGACUACAGCGAGGACUGCCUGCACCUGUCGAUCUGGACACCAACAAACAACACUGGUAACCUUUCAGUAAUGAUCUGGGUAUAUGGUGGUGGAUUUUGGUUUGGUUCUGGUCAGAUGCCUCUUUAUGACGGCGCAGUUCUUGCUGUGGAGCAUAACGUUAUCGUGGUGACCAUCAACUACAGACUUGGACCCCUAGGUUUUGCUUAUCUGGGCCCGGAAACUGUGCCUGGCAACAUGGGUUUGAUGGACCAAAGAAUGGCAUUCAAAUGGGUCAAGACAAAUGUUGCCAAUUUUGGUGGAGAUCCUAAUCGAAUUACCAUAUUUGGGGAGAGUGCUGGAGCUCUUUCUGUUGGUCUUCAUAUAUUUUCUCCCUUGUCAAGAGAUACGUUUGACAGAGCAAUCAUGGAGAGUGGACCAAUGACAGAAUCGUUUACAUACCUAGAUGCGCACACAAGUAAAGAUAUCACAAUAAAGCUUGCUGAGAAGCUCAAGUGCCCUACUCAUUCCGAUGUUGAUAUCUAUGAGUGUUUGAAAUUUGCUGAUGCUCAAUCAAUAGCGGACCUUCAGUUUACUCUCAGCGUCAGAAACCUUAUCGCAUUUGCUCCAGUCAUUGACAAAUAUUUCCUCCCUGAUGACCCCAAGACUUUGCUGGCCCGAGGCGAAUAUAAGAACACCGAGCUUUUGCAUGGUUUUAACAAAGACGAAGCUACAUUGUUUGUGAUGAACUUAGUGACAGGCUUAAGAAAUCUUACAGCCCCGCCACAAAAUCUGACUCUUAGUUCCGCAGAAUAUGAAAUGAUGAUAAAAUCAACAUUUAUAAAAGAUUUGAGUGAUAAGGCUAAAGAAGCACUGAGCAUCUACUACAAAAGUCUGCAGCCUCCUGGCAACGUCGACUACUUUGAUGUCGUCAACAAUCUUCAGAGCGACGUCCUCUACAAUUGUCCAGUUGUGGAAUUUGGAUCAGUGUUGUCCAGGAUCAACCCCACGUUUCUGUAUGGUUUCAAUCAUCGCAUCUCUACAAAUCCAUUCCCAGCAUGGACAGGAACAGCUCAUUCCUUCGAGAUAGAGCUGGUGUUUGGGGAGUCCACAUCUACGACCACUCACCUAGACGCCAUUCAGCCUGUUAUGUACAACCUAGACGCCAGUCAGCCUGUUAUGUACAGCCUAGACGUCAUUCAGCCUGUUAUGUACAGCCUAGACGCCAUUCAGCCUGUUUUGUACAGCCUAGACGCCAUUCAGCCUGUUUUGUACAGCCUAGACGCCAUUGAACCUGUUAUGUACAGCCUAGACGCCGGUCAGCCUGUCAUGUACAACCUAGACGCCAUUCAGCCUGUUUUGUACAGCCUAGACGCCGGUCAGCCUGUUAUGUACAGCCUAGACGUCAUUCAGCCUGUUUUGUACAGCCUAAACGCCAUUCAGCCUGUUGCCCUAGACGCCAUUCAGCCUGUUUUGUACAGCCUAGACGCCAUUCAGCCUGUUUUGUACAGCCUAGACGCCAUUCAGCCUGUUUUGUACAGCCUAGACGCCAUUCAGCCUGUUUUGUACAGCCUAGACGCCAUUCAGCCUGUUAUGUACAGCCUAGACGCCAUUCAGCCUGUUUUGUACAGCCUAGACGCCAUUCAGCCUGUUUUGUACAGCCUAGACGCCAUUCAGCCUGUUUUGUACAGCCUAGACGCCAUUCAGCCUGUUUUGUACAGCCUAGACGCCAUUCAGCCUGUUUUGUACAGCCUAAGACGCCAUUCAGCCUGUACAGCCUAG